CAAAGGGAGAGCGCGUCCUGAUAUACAGAGGCAGCGGAAUGGACUGUCAACACCUACAUGAGAGAUCGGGCUUUUGCACACAAUAUUUCAUAUGUCAGACGUGCUAUAUGUAGCUUUUAAACACAAAUGUGUUUGUGGGUUGUGAGAACAGUGUCUAACUGGAGCCUUUGCAGCGCCUCCAACAACACUAAAUGUCAGCGGCAGAUGACAGCCCCUCUCCAAAACGGGCUGUGCAUGUUGCUGGGGGCAUGUCUCUCACGAAGACGCUGCUAUUAAUAACAUGUAAUGAACAUAAUCUGUAGGAUAAGUUAUCCUCUUGUGUGUGUUGGCUGUGCGGAGAUCGAAAAGCCGUUGCAAUUGCACGGCUAACCAACACUGCAGUAAAGAAAACAAAACAGAUAGUCAACGAUAGUUUCGUUUUCCCCAUAUCCCACACCGGCGCUGAGUCACAGGACAGGGAAGCUAAAUAAGAUACUGUACUGCACAGUGUUGUAUGUCCAUUACACUAUAAAGCACUGGUUUCAAGUGCUGUGAGCUGAGGUUGUUGAAUCAAGGAUACACAUAGGUUCUGUGUGUGCUGAUAGACAUGAACACUCCUGCGUACUCUGGAGCCAUGAUUACUGGCUGUUGGGCGCUCACAUCUGAUGGCAGUGGCAGUAGUGAAGAGUCGUUGGACAGACUUCUUCCUCCGGUGAACACAACUCUGUCUCCUCGUAAAAGAACCACGAGCCAAUGCAAGUCAGAACCACCCCUGCUGAGAACAAGCAAACGGACGAUCUACACCGCGGGACGGCCUCCGUGGUACAAUGAGCAGGGAACGCAAUCAAAAGAAGCAUUUGUCAUUGGUCUCUGUGGGGGCAGUGCUUGUGGAAAAACAACAGUAGCCAGGAAGAUAAUCGAAGCCUUGGAUGUGCCCUGGGUGGUGCUGUUGUCUAUGGAUUCCUUUUACAAGGUUCUCUCUCCAGAAGAGCAGCAGCUAGCAGCCAGAAACGACUACAAUUUCGACCACGUCGACGCGUUUGAUUUCGUUCUCCUUGUGCACACGCUGAGGAAGCUGAAACAGGGCAAGAGUGUGAAGAUCCCAGUCUACGAUUUCACCACGCAUGGUCGGCAGAAAGAGUGGAAAAUCGUGUAUGGAGCUAGUGUUAUUAUAUUUGAAGGUAUCAUGUCUUUCGCUGACAAAGAGCUGUUGAAGCUUUUAGACAUGAAGAUUUUUGUAGAUACAGAUUCUGAUAUCCGGCUGGUUCGACGCCUACGCAGGGACAUUACUGAACGUGGGCGGGAGAUUGAGGGUGUUAUCAAACAGUACAACAAGUUUGUGAAGCCUGCUUUCGAGCAGUACAUUGAGCCCACCAUGCGACUGGCCGAUAUCGUCGUCCCCCGGGGAGGAGCAAAUAUGGUAGCAAUUGAUCUGAUAGUCCAACAUGUGCACAGUCAACUGGAGGAGAGGAAACUGCGCUGGGAUAUGGCAGCCCUGGCGUCGGCCCAUCAGUUCCAGCCCCUCCCUGAGACUCUCAGCGUUCUGAAGAGCACUCCGCAGGUCAGGGGGAUGCACACCAUCAUCAGAAACAAAGAGACAAGUCGCGAUGAGUUCAUUUUCUAUUCGAAAAGGCUUAUGAGGCUACUUAUAGAGCAUGCUCUUUCUUUCCUGCCAUCUCAGUCCUUUACAGUUCAGACACCACAGGACCAGGAUUAUGAUGGAAGAACGUUUCAUGGGAAAAGAAUCACAGGGGUGUCCAUUCUCCGAGCUGGAGAGACCAUGGAGCCUGCACUACGAGCAGUGUGUAAAGAUGUGAGAAUCGGGAAGAUCCUCAUUCAGACCAAUCAGGACACAGGAGAACCUGAGCUGCAUUACCUAAGGUUGCCAAAGGACAUCACUGAAGACCAUGUCAUACUGAUGGACUGCACUGUAUCAACAGGAGCUGCUGCUAUGAUGGCAGUAAGAGUCUUAUUGGAUCAUGAUGCUCAGGAGGAGAAGAUCUUCCUGGUGUCUCUACUCAUGGCAGAGAUGGGGGUGCACUCUGUGGCCUACGCCUUCCCCCAGGUCAAAAUCAUCACCACCGCUGUGGAUAAGAAAGUCAACGACCUGUUCCACAUCAUCCCGGGGAUCGGUAACUUUGGGGAUCGAUACUUUGGUACAGACGCCCCUCCUGACUGGAGUGACGAGGAACCUGAGGAGGCCAGCUAACAGAGGCUUCAGCACUGAUCACAAUCCAGUCCAUUGGAUCUGCUGUAGGCAGCUAUAACACGUUUGUAUUCACGAGAUCUAUACAGAAUCUGUAAAUAUGUGCAGAGGUACGAAAAUGAACCUUUUAAAUGGGUUUAUUAUAUAUAUAUAUAUAUAUAUAUAUAUAUAUAUAUAUAUAUAUAUAUAUAUAUAUAUAAUAUACAUCUGAUUUUAUUAUCUUUUUUAUUUUGUUUGUUCAGUGUUUGUAAAUAUUCAGAGAUCUUAGAGGUUGAACAAAGUUUUAGUUUUGGAGCCAGGUAAUGUCUCUUGGUAGAAUCUUGCAAAAACAUUUGGAUUUUAUUAUGUAAACAAAACAGGUUAAAAAAAAAAACAGUAAAAAAUAACAAGAUGGACACAGCGGUGAGCUCAAAAGUGCAUUAUCUUGAAUUUAAUGUUCUGAAUGCAGUACUUCCAACAUAUUUUAAAAUACAGUAGUAGUUUUUUUAUAAGAUAAUUUAUCAUGUAUUGAUCUGCAUUUUAAAUGUAACCUUCAAGUAGAUUUGAUUUUCCUGUUGCAUUAGAAGCGUUGCAUUUAUAGGUUGCAAGGACCAGCACGUCGGAAAAUUGUGUGGGUGUCGUAACUUUAACCCUUCACUUCCCUCCAUGGCCAAGAACUAUAGUGACCAAACCACUACUGUGCACAACACAGCAAAGGGUAUUUGUGAUUGUUUUAAUCUAACGGGCUGCAGAUAAAGUUUUAACGUUUAUCAUUAAGGGAUGAAGCCUAACAUGCUUAUAAAUGCAAAGCUGCUGCAUAAUUCCUCUGUAAUGGAAAUUUGAGAUCUUAAAACCGCAGCUCUUUUUGUGUCUUGAAUCUACGGCAAUUGUAUCAAUAUAAAGCUGUACACCAAUCUGUAUCUUUCAAUCUGAUAUAAGUCUGGCAAACAAACUAAAGCCGUGCUGACACAUUGUGAGAGAAUUGCAAAGCUCUGCCUUGAGACAUCAUCUACACUUGGAUAAGUGAAGGAUUUUACUUCAUUGCAAUUUCAUUUAAACAGAGCCGCAGCAGCAUGCUUUUUACAGCAGUUAUUUAGGAUUGUGAUUCAUAUUAUUUACUACCUCAAUCUGUUCUUUUUUAAAAUCUGCAUUGAUUUCUCAACACUACAAACACAUUUCUGCUAGAUGGUAGUUUCUGAACACACUAACACUUCUACACUGCUGCAUGCGUUCAGGAUUCUUAUUUAGUUUUUGUAUUUAGGACUUUAUUUUAAUGGUAUACUGUAACUUGUGUUUUUCUUAAAGGGAAAAGGUUUAGCCAUACAGAUAUAUAUGAAGAGAUAUAUUUAGUGUUUUAAUUUAAUUUUUAACAGUAGUGAAUCAAAGAGGAAGAUUUUAUUGUCUAAGUAUCAUGAAAACAUUGGUGCAAUAUAUUUUUUUUGAAAAUGGUACUUGUGUUACCUUCAUAAUAAAUAGCUGAUGCAUGGAAAAUGCUUUAUCGUUAAAGAUGUAAUUGUAGGAAUAUCAAAUGGUAAAAUAAUUCAGAGAUCCCAAAGAGCAUUAACAGGCUUUUCCAAUACCAAAAAGUAUUGACAGCACAAACUCCAUGCCACCUUACUGCAACUACAAAAUACAACAUGCCAUGUAAUAUGCUGUGACUUCCCAUUAUGUGUUCUGCUAUUGUUUAUUUAUUCAAUUAUAUUGUUUUUUUCUUUACAAUUAAACAAAAUAAGCCUGUUAUUGGGUGCCUUGUAAGUGUGCUGUAAUAAACGUUUUAGAAAGUACUUUCCAGCGAUAAACAUUAUAAAUAAAUAUACGGACAGAAGAUAAUAAAAAUAAAAAAAAAUGACAAAGAUU